CUGGGUGGGGCCAGCGCGACAGAGAGGGUUGGAGGCCACCGCACGCUGAGGGCCACCUCCCUCUUCACUGAAGCCCUCUCCAACUCCCAAGGAGCCCGGGCCCAGAAGAGGAGGCGGGGGCACCGGGCUGGCACGCUGCUAGAAACCUGGCUGGAGGAAGGAGUUAAGAAGGCCGGGCUGAUGGCCACAGAGACAGAGCGCUGUUUAUCCAGGAAAAGAGGUCGUACGUAGGCAACGGAGGCCCCUGCCAGCUCCUCCCAGAAGGCCUGGGCUAUGGGAGCAAGCUAGAGAGGAAGCUGCUCCCUCAUGCUCUGAAAGCCUCCGGACCAGAGACCAAGACCCAGAGGCCGCCCAAAGCCAACUCCCCAGACCGCCACUGAGACCCUGCAUUUGGCACCUUCUGGCCUCUCGGAGCUCGCACUUUCAUUACCCCCAUCCACCGCAUGUGGCUGUUGGAGAAAGCUGGCUACAGGGUGGGGACCGCGGAGCCCGAGGCCCGGUGGGCGACCUGCAGCCUGUUCUCUAAGCGCCGCGACCCGGGCCCUACCGCGCGCGCCUGCCCCAACGUGCUCACCCCCGACCGCAUCCCUCAGUUCUUCAUCCCACCUCGGCUCCCGGGCCCCGGAGGCGCGGGACCCCAACCCGCGCGCGAAGCGAGCGGGCGGGGCCUCCGGGCGGCCUGCUCGCUGCCGCACCUGGCGGGCCGCGAAGGCUGGACCUUCCUGCUGGAAAGCCCGCACACGCGCCGGCGCGAGUCCCUGUUCCACUCGCCGCAGCCCGCCCCCGCCGAGAGGCUUCCCCCCGCGCCGGACCGGCUGCACGGCUCCGCCCCGGACCUGCGCCUCUGCUGGGCCCCCGACAGCGACACGGCCUCGUCGCCGGAAUCCUCGCCCUUCAGCUCGCGGCGGCCUGGCCCGGGCCAGGCCCGGCCGCCCAGGCCGCGCUCGCUGCCCCGGGAGGAGGCGAGCUCGGCCGACACCAGCCCGCGCGCGCCGCCGCUCUUCCACCUGGACUUCCUGUGCCGCCAGCUGCGGCCCACGCGGUACAGCGUGGUGCGCGUCGGGCCCCGCGGCGGGCAGCUGCGGCUCUGCGCCGAGUACCCGGCGGGGCCCGGGCAGCUGCGGCUGCGCCUCGUCAGCGCCGAGGGGCUGCCCCGCCCGCGAGCCGGCCCCGGCAGCAGCGGCGGCUGCUUCGUUGUGCUGGGGCUGCGGCCGCGCGUCCGGCCGCGGGACCAGCGGAGCCGCGUGGUCAGAUGCAGCGCCAACCCCAUCUUCAACGAGGACUUCUUCUUCGACGGGCUUGGCCCGCCCGACUUGGCCGCCCGCAGACUGAGGGCCAAGGUGCUGGAAAGGGGCGCAGGGCUGCGCAGGGACGCACUGCUGGGGGAGUGCGAGACGCCCCUUAUUGCCCUGCUGCCCCCCUUGGGUGGGGGGCUAGGUCCAGGGGCCUCCUUGGCACCUACACACCACAGCCUGUAGUCUGAGACCGGUCUGCAGUUCCCAUUCCUUUCCAUCUGCCUGGCGAGUAUUUAUUUUUUGCUAAUAAAAGGUCUGUUUAUCUCUA